ACCGGCUCCGUCAGGCAGCAGUUAGUCGCCGCCGGCGCUGGGGCCAGGGCUAGUUGGAGCGCUGGAGCUGCAAGCCGGGGAGCAGAAGCUGGGCCGGGGCGGAGCGCGGUGCGGCGCCAGGACCGAAAGGAGGGGCGUGUUGCAGCUGGCCCACCGCGAGCCAACACUAGCCCGCCCCGAGGCUCCCUCCUGCCAGGCCGUCUGCCUCUGCCUUCCGCCUCCCUCCAUUUCCCCGGAAUCUCAGCUCGGCUUGCCUGCACUCCCGGCCCUUCUCUGGGUGCGGAAGCUCCAGGCCGCUUUCCUGCCUCACUCCUUCCUCUCAGCCUCCGCUCCCAGCCCCCUUCGUCCUUACCCUUGCUGGAUCCCACCCUCUUCUGUCCCCUUCCUUUCUCUUAGGCUCCCUGCCUCUUCUCCUAGCUGAGUCCUAGCUCCUCAGUCACUUUCCUCAGACUGGGGUUCCAGCUCCCCCCCUCCUUUCCUCUGCCUGGACUUCAGUCUAUCCAGUCCCUUCCUCUGUCCCUAAGGUAUCAUCUUUAUCACCCCCCCGACCCCCCCCCACUACACACACACACACACACACACACACCACUCUUUUUCCCAGGCCUGGAGUUCCAGAUCUCUGGUCUCCUUCGUGUCCCUCUUCCCAAGUUUGUAGUUCUGGAUCAAGAGUCCAUCCUUCUACCCCAGAGAACUGCUUCCAUAAACGUACCUCUCUAAAACAUGAACUUUUCCUAGAGACUGCCCCAGUCUCUCUUCUCACCCUCUGACCCCUUGCUACCUAUGUCCUUGGCCUUACUCUCACUUUGCUAAGGGUCACAGCCUGCAGGGCUGAGGGAGCAGCACGAUGCAUCUGUGGUCUGGUAUCUGUGGCCUCUCACCACCUCGAAUCUUCUCUUCCUUACUGGUGGCGAUAGCAUUGGUGGGACUACUACCUGUUCUCAGGAGCCAUGGCCUCCAGCUCAGCCCAACUGCCGGCACCAUCCGAGGCUCAGAGCCUCCCAGGGAACGCUCUAUUGGGGAUGUCACCACCGCUCCGCCAGAUCUGGCCCCGGAGAGCCGCCCUGUUAACCGGUCAGUCACUGAGCACAGCAUAAAGAUGCGGAAAGCCUUCCCAGUCCUGGGCAUCGACUACUUGCAUGUGCGCACGCCCUUUGAAAUCUCACUUUGGAUCCUGUUGGCCUGCCUCAUGAAGAUAGGUUUCCACGUGAUCCCCACCAUCUCCAGCAUUGUCCCGGAGAGCUGCCUGCUGAUUGUGGUGGGACUGCUGGUGGGGGGCCUGAUCAAGGCCGUGGGGGAGACGCCCCCCUUCCUGCAGUCGGAUGUCUUCUUCCUCUUCCUGCUGCCACCCAUCAUCCUGGAUGCGGGCUACUUCCUGCCUCUGCGGCAGUUCACAGAGAACCUGGGCACCAUCCUGAUCUUCGCCGUGGUGGGCACGCUGUGGAACGCCUUCUUCCUGGGUGGCCUCAUGUACGCCGUUUGCCUGGUGGGUGGCGAGCAGAUCAACAACAUCGGCCUCCUGGAGAACCUGCUUUUCGGCAGCAUCAUCUCGGCUGUGGACCCAGUGGCCGUGCUGGCCGUCUUCGAGGAAAUUCACAUCAAUGAGUUGCUGCAUAUCCUUGUCUUUGGGGAGUCCCUGCUCAAUGAUGCCGUCACUGUGGUCUUGUAUCACCUCUUUGAAGAGUUUGCCAACUACGACCGUGUGGGCAUCGUGGACAUUGUCCUCGGCUUCCUGAGCUUCUUCGUGGUGGCCCUGGGUGGGGUGUUUGUAGGUGUGGUCUACGGGGUCAUUGCAGCCUUCACCUCCAGGUUCACCUCCCACAUUCGGGUCAUCGAGCCGCUCUUCGUCUUCCUCUACAGCUACAUGGCUUACCUGUCAGCUGAACUCUUCCACCUGUCGGGCAUCAUGGCUAUUAUUGCCUCAGGAGUGGUGAUGCGCCCCUAUGUGGAGGCCAACAUCUCCCACAAGUCCCACACCACCAUCAAGUAUUUCUUGAAGAUGUGGAGCAGUGUCAGUGAGACCCUCAUCUUCAUCUUUCUGGGUGUUUCUACCGUGGCUGGCUCCCACCACUGGAACUGGACCUUUGUUAUCAGCACCCUGCUCUUCUGCCUCAUUGCCCGAGUACUGGGUGUACUGGGCCUGACCUGGUUCAUCAACAAGUUUCGCAUUGUGAAGCUGACCCCCAAGGACCAGUUCAUUAUUGCUUACGGGGGCCUUCGAGGGGCCAUUGCCUUCUCCUUGGGCUAUCUCCUAGACAAGAAGCACUUCCCCAUGAGUGACCUGUUCCUCACCGCGAUCAUCACUGUCAUCUUCUUCACUGUCUUCGUGCAGGGCAUGACCAUUCGGCCCCUGGUAGACCUGUUGGCUGUGAAGAAAAAGCAAGAAACAAAACGCUCUAUCAAUGAGGAGAUCCACACACAGUUCCUGGACCACCUUCUGACAGGCAUUGAGGACAUCUGUGGCCAUUAUGGCCACCACCACUGGAAGGACAAACUCAACCGGUUUAAUAAGAAGUAUGUGAAAAAGUGUCUGAUAGCUGGCGAGCGCUCCAAGGAGCCCCAGCUCAUCGCUUUCUACCACAAGAUGGAGAUGAAGCAGGCUAUUGAGCUGGUGGAAAGUGGUGGCAUGGGCAAGAUCCCCUCUGCUGUCUCCACAGUCUCCAUUCAGAACAUCCACCCUAAAUCUCUGUCUUCUGAGCGCAUCCUGCCAGCCCUGUCCAAGGACAAGGAAGAAGAGAUCCGCAAAAUCCUGAGGAACAACUUGCAGAAGACCAGACAGCGGCUGCGGUCCUAUAACAGACACACGCUGGUGGCAGACCCCUACGAGGAGGCCUGGAACCAGAUGCUUCUCCGCAGACAGAAGGCCCGGCAACUGGAGCAGAAGAUCAACAACUACCUGACAGUGCCCGCCCACAAGCUGGACUCACCCACCAUGUCUCGGGCCCGCAUCGGCUCAGACCCACUGGCCUAUGAGCCGAAGGCCGACUUGCCUGUCAUCACCAUUGACCCAGCCUCACCGCAGUCACCUGAGUCCGUGGACCUGGUGAACGAGGAACUGAAGGGCAAGAUCCUGAGCCGGGACCCCGCCAAGCUGGCCGAGGAGGAUGAGGAUGACGAUGGGGGCAUUGUGAUGCGCUCCAAGGACACCUCAUCCCCGGGCACUGACGAUGUCUUCACCCCUGGGCCGAAUGACAGCCCCAGCUCUCUGAGGAUGCAGCGCUGCCUCAGUGACCCUGGCCCACACCCUGAACCUGGGGAGGGAGAGCCUUUCAUCCCUAAGGGGCAAUAGCGUGAGGGCCUGCAGGUGGUAGCUGGCCCACUACAGACUCUCCCACCAGAGCAGGGGCUGCUGGGGGAGCUGGGUGUGCUCUCCCCAUCAUUCCUCACCUGGACUGGCCCUGCCCCUGUCCCCACCGCAUGGCGGCUGGGCCCACCGCCCCCACCGCAGCACGGCUUCCCCUUGCCUCCCUCCCACCAGAACUGCCUUUCUGACCCCUUUGGCAGAACUGCUGGGAACAGUGAGGCAGACCCUCCCUCACCCAGGCUCCCACUGCCUGGGCUAGGGCCUCUGAGCCUUCCAGGCUGUAGCAGGCCCACCAUCACCCUCAUUCAAACCAAUCUUAAUUUCUAACCAAAGAGCCUCUGGCUCAGCCUUGGGGCCUACCUGGGAAAGAAAGGAGCCAAGGCCUCCCUUGGCCUAACCCAGGCCCUCCUUUAACAGGGAAAGACUAGGAGGACCCUGGUAUAUGACUGGGGGAGGGAACAGUGAGCCACGGCAGUCCCACUCUCUUCCCGCCAGCUCUGGGACCUGGCCGGCCACUCCCACCUGCCCUUGCUCAGAGCCACAGACUGAGGGCAAAUCUGAGCUUCUGUCCAGAGCCAGAGUGCUUUGGACAGUGACGUGCUGUGACUCAGAGCUUUCCAGACUCUGCUCACCAGGGACCAUGGGGCCCUUCAGGGACUGCUGCUAGAGGAGGGACUGUCAGGGGCUCCAGAACGUGCUGCCUUUUAAUGUUUUGUCUGUUCACAUAUCUGUGUAUGAUUCUGUUUGCACAGAGGGCAUUCCUGUUUUAGAACAUUUUGAAAGUGCUGGCCCUCCUACUCCAGAGAAUCAUCCCUCAGGUGUGCCUGUCUGCCCACUACCCUCUCCCAAAUCAGUCCUCUGCUUCCUGGGCUCAAAACGGUGUUCUCGGGGGCUCUGAUUUCAGAAGUGCCCCCUCUCCCCCCAACUGCAAUCAUGAUUCUCUAACUCGUUGAUGCUGGGCCUCCUGGCACCUUCUCUGCUUUUGGGCCUAAUUCUCACUUCCUGCUGGUCUGUUCUAUCUCCUGCCUUCUCCACAUUAUCUCCUAGGACCUCUUGUUAUGUGCAUAGCACCCAGCUCACUGUAGAGCCUGGUCCUUGGGGGAGAAAGGUUCCCCUGAGUAUCUGCCACCUGGUUGAGGCUGUAGGUGGGAGAGUACUGGGCCCCAAAAGACCUUUGCUCACAAGCACAUAAUCCCAGCCCAUUGCUACCAGGGCCAGGCCAGGCCAGGCUUCCUGGUGUCUGUCCUUCCCUCCAGGGCAUCCCCUUCCCCAGGAUUGUGCAAUAGUCAGUGUCCCUCUUCCCAGUGGACUGGGCAGUGGGCGCUUCUCUCUUCCCUCUCCUCUCCAUACAAGUGCUGUUUGGGGCAGGAGUCGCCAUGCAAGGGUAACGUUGACAACCAAGUUCAAAGCCACCACAGCUGCUGAUGCUCUGCUGCCUGUACAGAAGAAACCGAAUCUUUUUCAUAUUCUAAUAAAUCUGUGUGAGUUUUUGAUAGA